CUGCACUUCUUCCUGCCUCUGGAAUCCUCGGAACCUUAAUUAACCCUGACCUCCUACCUUUCAUUGUCUUGGUAUCUAACCCAUUCUUUUCUUCCCUUCCUUACCAUCUUUUCCCCUUGCCCCUCCCCUGACCCCUUCUCAUCUUCCCUGAGUAUCUUCACUCUCUGCCGCCAUUUAUUCUGCAAAAACUGCAGUAUUAGGUCAGGCUGAGGGAGGACUGCCUAGCUAGAGGCUCUGACUGUUCUCUACUGGGGACCACCCGGGCCCAGACCAUACUCCAACCCCAAUCCCUAAGGUGCCUAUUGGGUCGAAAAGUUGGCAAGCCAGGCCUCACCUGGGGGACUUGCACAAGAAUGGGAGUCCUCCUUCUGAACUUCAGGGGAAGAGGGAGCGCCGCGGCGGCCGCAGGGUCAGCCUGAGUUGACCUGCCCAUUUGGGCUUUUUAACCUCAGAGUUUCUUGUUUGAAGGUCUGAGGGGUUUGGGCCAUUCACUUGCUUUGUGAACAGUAGAUUCAAAAAGAAAAAGAGGGGAAGGGGAAAAAGGACCAAAGUUCUCAGCUGCAGGGAGGGUUGGGGGAGCUCUGUAAUUAUUCUCUGAGAGGAUGAGGGAGGUUUGCACGCGACAGCCCUCUGAGGAGGCAGGGAGCCAGCUGUGAUGCAUUUCGGAGUUGGUGGGGGUUUUUUGUUUCCUUUCUUUCAAAAAAAAAAGUUGGGGGAAACUAAACUUCCUUUAAAAAAUCAAACUGAGUCUCCCUUUUUGUAUGCUGAAUGCUGCAUGAUUCUCAAACACCAAUAAACAGAAUGCAUGAGACUCGCCUCGGUUGGUCCCUGUGUUGGUUUGCAGUCAAGGUACUGCUUUCUGGCAGGCCCUCGUGGACGAAAUACGCAUGCGCUGCCGCAGUGGCCAUCUUUAGUGUGGGUCGAAGCUAGCGAUGCCUACGGGCCUCUCUGCGCAUGCGCAAGCCUCCUGUUUCCUCUUUCGAGUAGCUUUGAUUACAGUGGAGUCUCCGCGCGCCAUUUCUCUGCGCCUGCGUGCUGCGACCGUGCGCAGCCUGGGAGGCGGGCUUUAGCUCCAGGUUUGUACCGCCGCUGAGUGGACGCGAACUAGGUCUGCGAGGUCCGAGGAAAUGACUCCCGUCCAGGUGUUGGAGAGAGCGAUGUGAAAGCGAGAAAGCAGGCCCUUCCCUUUCCGUCUCCGAGCGUGGUUUCCGCGGGUCCCCGGGAACGGCAGGAUUCUGGAUUUGGAUCCGUGGGGUGGGGUCUGUCCGGGCCGGGAUCUGAGCGCCCCCUCCCGGGGACGGUGCUGUGACCGCAGUCAGUGUUGGACUGCCUGGAGAUUUCGUAAACCCCAGUGGAUCGCAGCCCUUCGGGGGGAGGCGCCCUGGUUUGGUACUCCAGACUCUCCUGCUUUGCUGGGCUUUUCUAGUACUCUAUGUCCUUGGGCCAUGGAACCAUUGCAGGCAGCACAGCGGCGCCUCUGUCUGAAGAAGGGGAAGUGACUUCCGGCCUCCAGGCUCUGGCGGUGGAGGACACCGGAGGUCCCUCUGUCUCGGCUAGUAAGGCCGAGGAAGAGGGGCAAGGAGGUCAGGAGGAGGCCGGGCGUGAGGGAUCCAGGGCCGAGGAGGCACUAGACGCUCCCAGCGCUGCGGGCGCCGAGCGCGCCGAGGGAGAAUCCGAAGACUGGUGUGUGCCCUGCAGCGAUGAGGAGGUGGAGCUGCCGGCCAAUGGGCAGUCCUGGAUGCCCCCACCCUCCGAAAUCCAGCGACUCUACGAACUGCUGGCUGCCCAAGGUACUCUGGAGCUUCAAGCGGAGAUCCUGCCCCGCCGGCCGCCUACUCCUGAAGCCCAGAGUGAAGAGGAGAGAUCAGAUGAGGAGCCAGAGGCCAAAGAGGAGGAGGAGGAAAAGCCGCACAUGCCUACAGAAUUUGACUUUGAUGAUGAGCCAAUGACACCAAAGGACUCACUGAUUGACAGAAGACGUACGCCAGGAAGCUCAGCCCGGAGCCAGAAACGUGAGGCCCGUCUGGAUAAGGUCCUCUCGGACAUGAAGCGACAUAAGAAGCUAGAAGAGCAGAUCCUUCGCACUGGGAGAGACCUCUUCAGCUUAGACUCAGAGGGCCCCAGCCCUGCCAGCCCUCCACUCCGAUCCUCGGGGAAUAGCCUCUUUCCCCGGCAGCGGAAGUACUGACUCUUGCUGCUGUGGCCUACAGGUGCAGACUGUUUCCACUGGGCGUGGCCAGCCUUUCCCAGCCCAGGCUCUGGGGAACUUGUCACAGGAAAAAGCCUCAAGCUCACAGCUCAGUGCCUUGCAGGAAAGUGUGUGUUCUGUUGAAUGUCUGUUUGCAGUUCUGAGCUGGAUUUGCUGAGUCUAAUAAAAGAUGCAGAAUGGUCUUCUUA